AUGGAACUGUUACGGCAUUGCUUCUUUUCCCUUCUGUUAACCAUCAGCUGCGCGCUGGCCGAAUAUAUGAUACUUGUGGAUCAGUUUAAUUUUGUGCCCGAGGAUCGUAAGCUAAUCAUUUCCCAGAGCUCCUUUGUUGAGCAGGACGCAAAUCGAAGCUAUCUGUCUGGGCAUUUGGUAUUCAGUAGAUCACUAAAUGAUAUUAAAUUAUUUACCUCGAUGGAUAUAGCACGGCCAAACUUUCCACGAGUACGCCUUUUCGACAAAAAACUGGAUGUAUGUUCGUUUUUUACCAACGACUAUCGAAGCAAGUUUGUUCGACAGAUUUACAACAAUUACAUAUCAUAUCUCAAUGUGGUCCCUUCUUGUCCCCUUAAAGCACACUUUAAUUAUAGCCUUCAUCGUGGCUACGUGGAUGAUCGUUAUCUUCCCGAUUUUCUACCCGACUGCAGCUUCUUUAUAAAGUUCGAGUUUUUGUACAAGUCGAAUCAGUGGCCCACAUGA